AUGAAAAAAAAUUCUCAAGCAGUUCCGUCUAUAGAAUUGCCUGAUGAUUUAUUUGAAGAAAGAUUAAACCCUUGGAGAUUCUCUCUGAUUGGGAGAUUAAAUUUACAACAAAUUAAGUUUGUUGAUGCUGCUAUCAUUCUUCGUCUACAAUGGAAGCUAAAAGGAGAAUGUAAACUUAUACCAUUAGGAAGGGGUUUCUUCACAAUCAAAUUAGAUAAUGCAACAGAUCGUCAGUAUAUCAAGGAAGGAAAAUGGAAAGUUACAAAUCAAAUACUUCAAGUAAGAAAUUGGAUCUCUAAUUUUCGACCAGAAAACCAAAGAACUUCUAGAUCUAUGGUUUGGGUAAGAUUUCCAGGAUUAGGUCUAGAAUUUUGGACUGAAAAAAUACUUCUUAAAAUUUGUAAGGAAUUUGGUAAUCCUGUGAAACUUGAUGCUGCAACAGAGAAAUGUGAAGUUGGUUAUUAUGCAAAUGUUUUAGUUGAAGUGGAUUUUGCUAAGUCUAUCCCAAACAAGAUAUGGAUUGGCACAAAAUAUGGAGGUUUCUUUCAAAGCAUUUCCAUUCCAGAUUGUCCAAAGUUCUGUUCUACCUGUAAAAUUUUAGGACAUCUGAUCACUGAAUGUAGAGUGGAAAAAAGCAAAAAUCAAUCAGCAGGUGAAGCUCAUAAUCACAGCAAUAUCAAGACAGGCAACAUUUCUAAUCAUCAGCAAUCUCCUAAAACUGGAACUCCUUGUAUUCAGCAGAAAACUCCUAAAACUCCCCACAUUCCUUUUGAUAUCUGUAAUGAAGCAUAUAAGGAAGUGGUGCAAGUAAGUACUUCUAGUUCUGUUCUUAAUCCAUUGGUGGAAGAUUCAAUAAUAUCAAAUAUAAUAACACCACAUAUUCAAGCUACUCCUGAAGUGGUUAAUGUGAAUGGUGGGAUAUUUAAUGCUCUAAGUCCAAUUGAGAAAAAUAAAGAGGAUGAAUUGAGUAUUGAUGAAGAAAUUAUGGCUGAAAUAGAACCUCAUAAGCUCAUUCAAAUGGCAGAAGUCACAGAACUAGAAAAGAGUGAAGUUAAGUUUGUUGAUGCAGGAUCAGGAAAGGUCACUACAGAACUAGUACAAUUAACUUCAUGA